AUGAAGCGUACUUUGCCGAAGUCGUACAUGACUGAGGUAAAGACUGGUCGCCGCACGGACCUCUUGUAUACACUGGAGAACAAUAGGUUCUUGAGCUGCAUGAAGUACAAGCCCCAGUGUGCGACCAAAUAA